UGGAUUCAUAGAUAGAUAGAUAGAUAGAUGACCCUGGGGUGGCACGUCCUAUGCACUGCAGGAUGUUGAGCAGCACCUCUGGUCUCCAUACACCAGACAGCAGUAUCAUUCCCAUCCCCACCCAGUGGUGACCACCAAAACUGUCUCCAGAUGUCAUCAAAUGUCCCCUGGUGGGUCUAGCAAAGUAUCCCAGGGGAGAACCCUUACUCCCAGGUGAUGUAUAUUGUCCCCCCCCCCAGUACCAUCUAGACGACCUGUCCUUUUUCUGAAUCAAUAAUCAAAAUGUUUCUGUCCUGUUCCAUGCAGAUCCUGAACCUGCUGGUGGCUCCUCACGUCUCUCUGUUUCCCUUGACUCCUACCCUGUCCAUGCCUUAUCUUUUCUCGGAGGCUCUCCCCUUUCUGUAAUGUACACGGAUCACGGUUCCUAUCAUUUCUUUAGCUUGAUGGAGUCUGUCAACGAAACCCCUUCCCUCCUUUUUUGCGUAUUAGCUUUCCAGAAAUUUUCUGUAUCAAAUUACCCCAAACUGGGGGCUGAGACUAGAUAAAUGUAUUCUCCCUUAUCUCUGGGGACCUGAGUCUGAGACCGAGGUGCCAGCAGGACUGGUUCCCUCCAGAGCAUCUCGGGGAGAGUCUGUUCCAUACCUCUUCUGUCCUCAAGUGGUUGCUGGCAAUCCUGGGUGUUCGUUGACUUGUAGGAACAUCACCUCUGUCUCUGUCUCUGCCUCCAUCUCCAUGUGGCCUCCUCCCGCGUGCCUGCCUGUGUCCAAAUGUCUCCUUUCUGCAAGGAUGCCAGGUGCACUGGAGUCAGGUCCCAUCCUGUUCCAGAAAUACCUCUUCUGAAUUUAACAACUUGCACAGUCUCUAUCUCUAACUGAGGUCACAUUCUGAGGUAUGGGGAGUUGGGACACAUACAAAUUUGGAGGAGGCACAACUUAGCCCGGGGCAACCACACACUUUCCUGUGUCUUUGGUGAGCUGCCCACAGUUGACCAGAAAACCCAAUGCAGCUUCCUGUCUGGGUCGCUUCACAACCAUUGCUCACGUCCUGGGGCUGUGGGCAAGAAGGCGGUCCCUCAGACCAGGCUGGUGAUGGGGUACACAGCUCCCUGGAGCUUAUGAGUCAAUGGCCAGAACUUCUGGGUGUCACGGUCAGAUUACAAACCACAGUCUUGCUUCCUCUAUGUCUGCAGGCUGGGCAUCCUGGGGAGUCCUCUCUCCAAGGAGGUCCCUCGGCACCAGCAGGGGUAUCCCUGUACUCGGGAGCUUUGCCCUGGGAUGAGUGAGGGUCGGCAGCUGCUGGCUACAGGGAGGGUCUCAGCGGGGUGGCGCUCCUGCUGAUGACAUCCCAAGACAAGGCAGUCCCGGUGGAUGCUUAAUGGGUUCUGUUUGUUCAUUGAAGACGGGGGACCCAGGAAAUGCUACAAACAGCUCUUACGAAUGUUCUCCUCCUGGACAUCUCCUGCAGUGGGCUGAAUGGGGGUCCCCAAAACACAUAUCCCCCAGAACCUAGGAAUGGGAUUUGCCUGGAAAUAGGGUCUUUGCAGAUACGAUUCAUGAAGGAGCCAAGAUGCAUUCAUUCUUGAUCAGGGUGGCCCUAAAUCUAAUGACAGCAGGCCUUAUAAGAUGCAGAAGAGGAGACACAGACACAGAGGAGAAGCCACAUGAGGACGGAUGCAGGAUUGGGAGGCACGCGGCCACCAGCCCAGAGACGCCGGGAGCCCCCAAAGCUGGAAGAGGCAGGAAGGAGCCUCUCCUGGCGCCUCUGGAGGGAGCUCGGCUCCGCCCCGCCUGCAGUGGUCCUGCCCCGCCUGGAUGUCGGACUUUUCGUCUCUGGUCUCCAGAGCUGGGGGAGGAUGCAUCCUUGGGACUUUAACUCCCCCGCUCGCGGUCACUUAUCAGGACUGCUCCAGGACACGCAUGCAGUAAUGGGCUAGCUAACAACGUUGACAGAGCACAGCACACCUUACAACGUGUCUUCUCUUCCUUGGGUCACACCACACCACAGCAAGCCUCUGAGGACAUUUGAGGAGGAGACUGGAGGUUCGGGUGGGGACACCACUCUGGGCACUCUCCGUGCUGCGAGGCACCAGUGCUUCCCACGUCUGGUGGCAGCUGCGCCAAACUCAGCUCAACCCAGGGUCAGAGUCUGGUGAUCAAGACCCCAAGAGAAGCAGAACCUUGCCCGUGCCAUGCUCAUGGCAGGGCUGCCUGCAGCUCAGCCCAUGGGUGCCCGAUGACUAAACGUUCUCCUACGUGACAAAAGACACUUCCCAUCUGCAUUCUCCAACAGCACCGUGUCUCCAAAGUCGUGGCAUUUUGUGCGGGGCUGCCGGACUCUCCCGGGGCCGCCAUAACAAAGCAUCACAAAAGCCCAAGACCCCCAGAAGGGAGACCAGCCCACAGUGCCAGGGGCCGGCUCGUGGCCUCCUGUCCCCACAGGAAGCUCAGCACCUGGAACAGCCCCCAGCAGGCAGGAAACAGGAAUUGUGACCCUGAGAAUAGACGCCGGGGACACAGAAGGACCCCCGUGCUCAGCCUUCAAGUGGGGGGCCCGAUGCUGGGUGCAAAAUCCAUAGCAUUGUUCACAAUCGCCAAAAAGCAAAACAACCCAACUGUCCAUCCACGGAGGGACAGAGGAACCCCAUGGGGGUCCAUAAAAGGGGGGAACAGGCCUCAGCCAUGAAAAGGACCAAAGGCCUAACACCUGCCGACCCAUGAAUGGAACUUGAAGUCACGAUGGUCAAGCAGACGCAGAAAGCCACAGACAGUGCGAUCCCACGUCCCUGAGAUGUUCCCGACAGGCUCGUCCGCAGAGAUAGGAACUGGGUGCACGGUGACCCCGGGGUCUCAGAUCGGGGAGGCGUGGGGCCAGGGGCGACGGUCCUGCGGUGCGCAGGAUUUCCCCUAGGGCCGCUCAGAACGUCGUGGGACGGCUUUACGCCGACGUCUGCACAUCUCUGAGUGUCUUCAGAAACCACAGAACUGUCCACUGUAAACGGCUGUACCUUGACAGUAUGUAAAUCACGCGUCAGAAGAGCUGUGAGGAGCCGUCCCGCCGAGGAGAGCGGUGGCCCGCCGUGCCCUCGGACCAGCCCGCGCUUCCUGGGAGGCGGAGGAGGGCGCCGGGCUCCCCGGGCCGCGUCCCUCUCAUAACAGCUUCGUUCAAACCACAAGCAAGCGUUUCAGAGCAGCCCGGGCUGCCAGAGCCGAUUUCUUUAUUAAUCACCCGUGGUGCUCAGCAGACGCCUCCAGGGGGGCCGCCGCCGGGGCUCGAGGAGUGCAGACGGGGCUGAGUGCCCUCCUGGGGUGACUCACGGGGGACGCGGGGGCCGACGGGCCCAGGGGGCUGCACCGUGGAGCGUCUGCUCCCGCUGUCCCCCGUCACACGCGUCUGCUUUCCACCCAGAUGCACACCAUGCAAAUGCGCACGGUAACAAGCGGCCACCUGGACGGGGGACAAUGGACGCCCACGUCCCUUGGUCUGUAAGCGGAACAGGAAACAGUUCCCUGCCGUGCCGCCCCGUGCUGGGAAGACCACGGCACGUGCAUGGGACAUGUGCUUUCCUGCCUGUCCUCGUGGGCACCAGGACGUCCGCUCACGGGCAGUGGACACGUCCCCAAGAUGCACACGUCCCCCGAGCACAGAGCAGCGUCCUUGCUCACGCUCCGCACCCGGCAUGUUCUGGGUGUCUGCUCUUCCCCACGUGUGUCUCUCCGUGGCACCCCGGGAGAUCCCAAGGAGCACGGAUCCCUCUGGCUCCUGACACCCCGCGUGGACCCAGGAAGCCCCAGGGUGACUGUGCAAUGCACACCUGAGCGUACGUGAGAAGAGCAGAAAGCACCGAGCUCAACGUGGAACCCGGGGCCAUUUUUACAACCGGAUGGAGGAACCUUCCGGAUGCCGGUGGCAGAUGGCAAUACCUCAAGGCAGGAAGAAACACCCGCUUGGGGCCACAGGUUGAGAUAUGCAAAGGCUUUGAAGGUGGCGUGUCGGCCUCUCUGGAACACGGACCCUACACGUCCUGCCGGUGGACACCCCUAGAACGGCGUCCCCUAGGACGGAACGGCCGACACCCAGACUAGCUGGUGUCCUUGCUGCAAGGCCCACCCAGGGGGCUGAGAGCAUCUUUGGGGCUCCCGUCCAUAAAUGGGAGGCCUGAGCUAUGGAGAAGCCACCCUGAGCCCCACAUCCUGCUCUCAGGAGCCCCCACAUCAUGCAAAAGGGGAGUCCACAGCCUCAGCCCCCUGCAGAACAGCAAGCAGGAAUCCACGUCUGGAUCACAAGCCAGCAAGGUCAGGGAAAGCGGCCUCGGCCCCAGCAACCCGAGUCCCAAGCCCUCCUCCUGCGGGGCACUGUCCAGCUACCAGGAAAAGACCCACUGAUUUUUACUUGAGACGGUCUGCACAGCAGCAGCAGGCCCGGGCUCCUGAGGACAGAACCGGUCAGAACCGGAACAGUUUGCUGGGCGUCCAGGCCUGAGGCCAUCGGUCAGUAUCCUGGUGGAGAGGCUCACGCACUGGGCCCAUCCAAACCCCUGCUCUAACGAGUCCCUCUUGCAACCUCUGAGCUCCCAUCUGUAAGAUGUGACCCUGUUGCCCACCUCACCACCUCCGGGCAUGGUAGCAGGGACCACAGAAUGGGCGAGGGGCAGUGUGCUGUGGGAGCCGGCCAUGCAGAGGAGCUGGUGUGACCCAUGGGAUCACAAGAGCUCCUGUGCAAUCACAGGGUGAGCGGGGCCAGCAGCAACAGCCAGAGGCCAUCAGUAUAACGGGUGGUGGGGCCAGCAGUAAUGACCUGAGGCCAUCAGUAUAGUGACUGGAGGGGCCAGCAGAAAUGGUCUGAAGUCACCAGUAUAAUGGAUGGUGGAGCCAGCAGCAAUGGUCUGAGGCCAUCAGUAUAAUGGCUGGAGGGGUCAGCAGCAAUGGCCUGGGGCCAUCAGCAUAACAUCUGGAGAGGCCAGCAGCAACAGCCUGGGACCAUCACUAUAACGGCUGGAGGGGCCAGCAGCCAAGCCACUAUCACAGAUUCAUGCCGACGGGCAGGACGGCUUCACCGACACUCAUUUUUCGUGGAUGGACGGGUUCUGGGAGGCCCUCUCCUCCUGGCCUGCAGACGGCCCCAUGUCCCCAAGGAGCCAUGGUGUGUCGGCUGCACCGUCAACUCAAUGUCACAUGUCACCCUCCCUGAAGACACCCUAAAGAUGUGUCCUGGAGCCCCCACUAAACGUCCUCAGCUGACCCCAAGCCGGGCUGCCCCAUGCAGGCACUGUCUCCGAAACCCAGAAAAGGCACACACGGUGCUCUCUCUCUUCCCCCGACUUUCAACGUUUGACGGCUUUUGUCCAGCACUCGAAAGUGGAGAAGCCAGAUACGGCCCGGGCGGACGCAGGGGAGAAGGAAACCGCCAAAGCACUCCCCCCAGACUGUUUAAACCAAAGGAAACACCUCGACUUUCAGGGAGGGGUGCGAGGGACGGGCGGCCAGCAGCCGGGUGUACAGCUUUGCACACUUCUCCGUGGGAGCGGAAGAGCCCGGGCUGGGCGGUCCGCAGAAGAAUCGCGAGUUCAGUUCCAGCAGCAGCAGGAGACGGCUCUCACUGGCUGCGUCCAAUGUGGUUUCCAGAUUCCAGGCGGAUUCCUGGAGACCCGCUCGCCCUCGGUCCUUCCACCACGCUUCAUGAGGCUGUGAAACCUAAAAGCCAAACCGGCUGCAAAGGGGGCAGGGGAGCGGGUUUCCAGGGUCCCCCACGGGGAUUCCAGCCCACGUUCCUGGGUGUGUGCAACGCCGAGCCACGUCUUUCUGCACCAGGUCCCGCUGGGCCAGGUCCCGCUUGCACGCAUGGACACAGAUAACUAAGACGUGGGAAGGGGGUCCUACAUUCCACUCACACAUCAUGAUAUUCCUCCAGGGCAGAGAGCAACAUCUGCAGAGAACCCCCCCGGGUCCGUCUCCAUCCGUGUCUCUACAGACGCUCCAAGGGGCAGGGCGGACCGGAGUAGAGCACGCAGGGAUUUUCGUCAGAGAAAAUGUCUGCACCAGGACAAACAGGGGAGGCCGUCGGGGAAAGCAGCGCAUGUCUGAGCCUCAUGCACAUGAGGGACAGAGAUCGGGCCGCGUGGGGCAGGCACCCUGAUUGCGAAGGUCCCUGUGGGCUGUGCACCGCCCCUGGGGCCAAAUGCACCAUCAGAGGAGACCCCAUCCCCCAGGAGCAGCACCCGUGUCCUGACAAGGAGCAGGCCGGGGGCUGGGCCUCUGCACAUACCUGGAGAUGGAGGUCAGAGGCCGGAGCUGGUGCCCCACCACGCCACUGCCUGUGAGAGCAUGUGUGAGGGACCUACAGUCUCUUAAGACGAGAAUCGGCACAAACGGAAGGAACAGCUAAUAGUUACCUCCCGGCCACCAUGAGGUCCCUCGGCGGUCUGUCCAUCAUCCCUGUAGCAGUGAGCGUUCUGCAGAGAAACAGGAGACGUAUGUCCAUCUGUGGCUGCACAUGAUCUAGAUGUCCGUGUAUGAACGCAGUAGGGUGUGUGCAGCACAGAACAUGCACACGCACAUAUAAACAAUACACAUAUGUGCAUGCACAUGUAUGCACGUGUACACCUAUUGCGUGCAUGUAUAUGACCACGUAUGCAUACAGGUACAUCUGUGCACGUGUGCAUGUAAGUGCGCAUGUGCACACAUCUGUGCUUAACACCUUCAUUCAUGUGGACAUGCACAAGGGGACGUCAUGUCACAGAACACGUGUGUGUGUGGUGUGCGCAUCUGUACAUAUAGGACACAUACACAGGAUACACACGUGUGUGUAUAUAUAUACACACAUGAGAGGAUACAUGUGCGUGAAUCCAUUUACGUGUGUGUAUAUACGCAGGAAGACCUGUACACAAUGCACAUCCUGCGUGUGUGCAUGUAUGUAUAAACGUGUGUAUGCCACAGAGCGCACACGAUGGUGUAUGUGUGUGUCUACAUGCAUACCCAAAUGUGCAGCAGGACAAGUACUCUGGAUGUUGUGUGUGCAAACAUAUAUGUAAUAGAAAACACAUGCAUGUGCACAUGUGGUAGAAUGCAUACAGGAUAGCGUGUAUGUGUGAACACAUCCAUGCAUUUUUAUGAAGUAGGAUUCUUGUGCUAUAGAAGGACCAUGUACAUAGGCAACAGGAUAAACAUGGUCUGUGUAUAGGUACAUAUACAAUACACGCAAUGCACUGCAUACACGAUUGGACAUGAUUGCAUACACAUACAUGUGCAUAAAUCUAGUAAUGGAACAUGUAUGUGUAUAUGUGUGUAUAAACAUACGUGCAUGUAUAGAUAGAGACACACACACAAAUUUACACCAAGGAAUUGGGCUCCCAGGAAGGCGGGGCUGGUGAGCCUAGAAUCUGCAAGGCAGGGGGGCAGGCUGGAGACUCAGGAGAGACCUGACCUCAGAGAAACCUCAGAGUUUCCUUUUUCAGGCCUUCCCCUGAUUAGACAAGGCCCACCGCAGGACAGAGCAACAUGUCUUUACUUCAAGGCAGCUGCUUGGCUCCAGAGCUGCACCUAGGAAACCCCUUCACAGACACCCUCGCAUGCACGCCCCACUGGAUAAGUGGGGACCCAUGACGCAAACAACCUGUACCUCCCGCAGCGAGACCUCCGCCCCCGGCAGCCCUGCCUGAUCGGCUCCGGGUCACAGACAGGGCACAGACGGGGCCUGACCGGGGUCCCCUGGCCCUGGACCACAAUAAAGAAACCAAAUCCCUGUUUUCGAAAAACUUGGAUAAGCAAAAUGCCCAGAGUUUGCCAUGUCCUCCCCUCCUGGUGUGUAUUCUGACGGGUACGGACCCCACCCCCACCCCCAGCCCAUAGCCAGGGGGGAAAGGCACAGGAUCUGAGUUGAGAAAUCAAGAGAACAAAGCAGCGGUAAGACCCAGAUGGUAAGGUGGACACCAGUCAGGCACUCUGUUUGCCCCAGCUGGACAGGGCUGCCCCCCUGGGCAUCUGGCUUCCUGGACCUGGGAAGGCGCUGGGGUUUUGAAACCACACCGGAGGCGGCGUCUGUGUCUGGUCUGGUCGCGGGGACAGGUGCAUAAGUGCUGUAUCUUGAAACAAGCGCGUGGGUGUUGUUACCUUGAAGCGGAGAUGUGAAACAGCUGUGUGGCAGGUGGGCACGCGAUUCCCUCCACCCGUGGCCAUGCCCUUCGAUGGAUGGGGAGCGGGGGCUGCGGGGCCUUUGGUGAGGGAGCAGGGGAUUUCCUGCCUGGUCUGCGUGGAGCCCUCCCAGGGUCCUCAUCAGAGCCUCCAAAGUUUCAUCCCCUCUGCAAUGGACACCCCAAGAUUAGGGCCUCAGAUGCAGGUGAGCGGACCCGGGGUGUCCAAGCGCGAAACGGAAGAAAGCAGGAGGCCGGGAACAGGUGACCUGGGCGGAGAUGCUGGGACGUUCGUGGUUGCCGAUACAGCGCCCUCGUGAGGCGAGGUAGAGCACCAGCGAGAGUCAGGAGCGCCUGGGGUCGCCUCCUCCACCUUCCGGGGUCCCGGAGAAACUUGCGCGGCUGGAAGCCCCCAGCCUGCGCCUCCGUAAGUCUGUAAGCCCCCAACCGUGUGGCGCGCCUCCUCUCGCGUCCUCCUGGCCCCAACGAUGAAGCCGCUGCGCCGUAGCUUGCAGCACGCUCCCUGAGCGUCCCAGUAACAGGACGGGAGGGACUGUCCGAGUCCUGCGCCUUUGCAGGGUGUAGCACGCAUCCGCUCAGCUCCGUGACCCAGAGGGACCACGGCUGGUGCGCACAAGGGCGCGGGACUGCUGGGGAGGCCAGCGAGGGGGGCGCGCAGGGAGUCCCGCCCUGCUCCCCUCCUCACCCGAGCGCCCCUUGCUUUCCA